AUGGGCAACAACGAGUUUAUAACGACUGAAGUGGAAAAGAAGCUGAUCCAAACAGAACGCGCAAUGCAUGAUGCGGUACUGGUGCCUAUUGAGCCCUUGCUCAGUGAUUUGUCGUCGUUGGCUGGGCAGUACCGGAAAGCGAAAAUCGGUCUGGUGUCGUUAGCCUUGGCGAGACGUUCCAGCGAACUCGUGAUGCAACAACUCCUACGUGCAAAGCCAACAAACAUGAACCUCAAGGAGGCAAAGCCGUUGCCACAGUUUUUGACAGGACAAUCGACUUUUGGCGCAGCUCAACAAUCUACUGGACCAUCGUCUACAACCGCAGCAACAGCAAUGACAGCAUCGUCAAACGCAAGGCGGACAUUGUUGUCAGACGACAACUCAGACACUGAUAUGGAGAUACGAACUGGAUCGACUGUGCCUUCAGUGAGGCCUGCAGCUCCUCAGUCAUAUGACCAACCCUCAUCAGCAACCACCUCCGCGACCUUGGUGCAAGGGUCAACGGUAGGAACAAAUAGGGCAUCGACCAUGGCAGGAUCAUCGAAUGCGCCUGUGGUUAGCUAUGUUCGACAUGGAAGAGGUGGAAACCCGGUGCCACAAUCUACCCUGCCGUCAGCAUUCCCAAUGUCCAUGCUGCAAUCGACAACUUCCAGCAUAGGACCUCAGGUGGAGGAUAUGGUCCGAGACUACUACCGGCAUCGUCUCUUACGGUUCGAAUACGCAGGAUCGGGAGGACUCACUCUCAACGAGAACGAGUACCCUGAAGAAUUUCUCCCCAUCGAAUCAAAAAACGAGAACUUGAGAAGGAGAGGCGAGUUGGAGAGAAACAGGAGAGGAAGAGCCAGCGAGCAAAGCGUAGGCAUGAACAGAAACUACGAGAAACUGGGGGCGAGGAGGGCAGUGCUGAUGGACAAGGAGAAAGCAAUGGUGAUGGUGAUGAAGAACGUGCUGCUGGACGAGUACAACAUGGCCAAGGACAAGGGGGCGAGGAAGUCAUUGACAUGGAAGGGGUUUGCCUUGGGGACCAGUACAUGCCAGGAGGACACGACGCAGCGCUGCACAAAGGUGAGCCGCAGUAUGGUCUGGAAUCAGGAGGACAGGGGGUGCCCCAGCAAAGGAACACUGUACCGUUGGACACCACCAACCUUAACGACGUCAUGGCUGGAAGGCACAGAAGCGGCAGUGUGUCAGCGAUAG